CGGGUGACAAAAAUACAAUUAUAUAUAUAUAUGUUAUUUAUCACAUCAUAUUUAAUCUUUGAAAAUUGUAUUAUUUACCACCAAAAAGUUUCAGUAUUUUUUUUCUCAUAAAUUUUAAAUAUAUUAUAUUAAAGGAAUUAUAUCUCUAUUUUAUCAUUUUAAUGUUAACUAUAUCAAUUAUAACUUUAAAUUUUUCACUUUUUACAUUAUUAUAUUAAUGGCAACCAUUUCAUAAAUAAAUGUUUUAAAAACUUAAUAUAUCGCUUCCUCCGCGAGUUCGCGGGGGUCCGAAUCCUAGUAUUAGAUAACAGGAAUUGGAGAACCUGAAACAUAUAACCUUAACAACAAUGAAAGGACUGAAUAUGACCGUUGAUACUCUUGUACAGUCAACAUUUCAACUUAUUGAGUAAGAAGAAAAUAGCAUUUGCUUCUUUGCCGAAAAAAGCAAGUGGUACGUUCAGUCUCCACCAUUUUUCUCUGCCUAUACAUUUGCUUUUUCUUUCGCCAUUCAUAGCAAAACUGAUCAUGUCUUGACUUUCCAAAUACCUAACUUUGCUUCCUUCUUCUUCUUCUUCUCCAUGGCCAACGCAUCAUCACUUCACGUCACUGAAGAGAGAGAAGAAGUCAUGUUUUCUGAGAAAGGUCACACCUUUAGCAAAGCCCACUUUCUAAACCCCAUCCCUACCUCUUGUGAAGCCAUAGCCGAGCUUCCCCGAACGUCACUCUGUUUCAUCAUCUCCUACAAAGUUGCUAAACAGCUUGUCUUCACGAGACUCCGUCUCUGGGCUUUGGGUUGCAGAGCGUCAUUUUGUCUCUUGGGUCGGAAAGAUGGAAGCUUUACACGAAUCCACAUGGAGAAAAGCUGGGAUCUUUGAAGCAAUCAAGGCUUCCACUUACAACAUCACUAAGAACCCAUCUCUGCUUCUCUCUGUUUCUCAGAAAUGGUGUCCUGAAACGAACUCUUUCGUGUUCCCUUGGGAUGAAGCAACGAUUACUCUGGAGGAUGUCAUGGUGCUUCUUGGAUUCUCUGUUCUGGGCUCCCCUGUUUUGGAAUCUGUACACAGCUCCGAGAUGAGAGAUGCGGUGGAGAAGUUGGAGAAAUCAUGGCAAGAGAAGAAGGUUGGACAUGAUAUUGUGAGGGAAGAGCCAUGGAUUUCAGCUUCAUGGGUAGAGGUGAUCUGGAGCAUGAAGUUUUCCUUGUAAUUAAGGAUGACAUGAGAGAAGGAACGCUGAACCGACGAAGGUUUCAACGAAACCGAAAGUGCUCCAUCGUCUCAUUCGCAAAGAUUUACGCUGAUGUGGUAAGAGUUUAAACGUUGAUUGGUUAAUUUUUUUAUGCCUAUGUGGAUAGGUCGGACCUUGAGCAUAUCCAACUUUUAAUAUCCCCUAUAUAUUAAUUGAGAAGCAUUUGAAAAAUUAAAACCUUAAUUUUGUAUU